AUGCGUUUCUUUUGCGAUGUCUGCCUUGCUCGUUGUCCAUUGUGCCUGGCCCCGCACGAGAGAUCUGCUGUCUCUGUUAAAGCAUCAGCAGCGACCUCCGCAUCAGAGAAACCCCAAGCCGCUCCCACCCCUUCCCUCAUCGACACCUUCGCCUCCUCCUCCACAAACGCCGCUGGGCACUGUCAUGGCGCGGAUGAUGGCAUGUCUUUAACCUGGGGCACCAAAUCCCUUACGAUCAAAUCCUCCGAUGCCGACUACAGCUUCUACUCUCAAUUCUCGGACACCUGCGUUUCUCUGGCCUCAUACGCUUCCGCUUACCUCCACAUAGUCUAUACCGGCACCACUGCCUUCACCGUCGCCCUCCAGCAACACAACGCUGCCUGCUCGGAGGACGUCGCACCUUUCCCCGAGACCUGGGACUCCGUCGAAGCUGCGCGCUACGCCAACAGCACUGACAUCUACAUCCCGCUCUCCCACUUCAACAUAAACAUGACCCGCGUGAUCGGCGUCGCCCUAAAAGGUUUCUACCACCCCACUGAAUCCCUCAAACUAACCCGCAUCGAACUCCUCCCCACCAUCCCCCCCUCCUUCCCCACCACCCCAAAACUCCCCACCGGCUCCCUCCUCUUCCACUGCCGGCGCCCCAACUCCUUCGCCUUCGGCAUCGACGACGGCGAGCCCGCGUACGCCCACCGCGUCCUGCAAAUCCUCGCCGAAGAAAACGUCACCGCAACCUUCUUCACCGUCGGCCAAGCCCUGCUGGACCCCUCUACCAAUCUAAGCAAUGUGUACCGCGAUGCAGCGGCAAGGGGCCACCAAAUCGCGCUCCACAGCUUCACGCACCCGAAAAUGGAGUCCCUCCCCACCACCGCCGCCAUCGACGCCGAGUACGCCUCCGACCUCGCCGCCAUGGCGUCCACCUUCCCCGCCCUCCCCAACUCCACGUAUUUCCGCCCGCCCUACGGCACCGAGGGCGCGCGCAUGCGGGAGCGGCUGGCGGCGGUGCUGGGGGUGGAUGAUCCGAGCGUGGUGAUGUGGAGUGUGGAUGUUGAGGACUGGUUGUGGGGGGAGAGCGAGACGCCGGAGAAGCAGCUGGAGGCGUUUAGGCGGGAUGUAAGGAAAGGGGGAAAUUUGGUGGUGAUGCAUUAUUUGUAUGCGAGCACGGUGGGGUAUUUGAGGGAGUUUGUGAGGGAGGCGAGGAAGACGGGGAGGAGGCUGAUGAGGGUGGAUCAGUGUAUGAUGGAUCCGGGGGCGCCGCCGUUAGAUUGA